ACGAUAACAUCGAAAUUAGACUACUUUAGGCUGGGGAAGGCUAUAACAGGUCAUGUGUGUUCUUAUAUAGUCAGACGAGAAGUAGCUUGGGGAGUACCAUGGGCCUUACCGCGCGUCUUGUAUCACUUCUGCUUUUGUUAAACACAUGUUAUAGCGGCAAAGGUUGGAAUGCCGAUGACGAAAACAGGCUCGUGAGAGACAUCCUCAAAAACUACGAUAAAAGGGUCCGUCCGGUACGGAACUCUAAGGAUGCUGUCAACGUUACCUUUGAUAUCACCUUUAACAAUAUUAUUGAUGUGGAGGAAAAGAGACAAAUCUUGACGAUCAGUUUGUGGCUACGCCAGACGUGGCUUAACCAGCUAACCACAUGGGAUCCCGAGGAGUAUGGCGGCGUCAAAGAGGUGGUGCUACAGGCCAGGGACGUCUGGCAGCCUGAUAUCAUACUCUACCAGAACAUUAUUCAAGACUUUGAUGGUCGACUGGAUCACACCAACACCCGAGUCCGAAUCACGUCCAGCGGGAUGACUUACUGGUCCAUGCCUUUUGUUGUGGUCACUCUAUGCACCAUAAACGUGUCCGACUUCCCGUUCGAUACCCAGCAGUGCAAGCUGACCUUCGGCUCCUGGCAACACGACGGCAACGAGAUUAACCUGAUCAACGACAGAAAACAAGCACUGCUGGCCAAGACUCGAGUGAAAAACGGUGAAUGGCAAAUCCAGAACAUCACUGUGGAUAGGCGUGUAGUGUACUAUCAGUGCUGUCCGGGACAGCCUUAUCCAGAGGUCGGCUUUAUCGUUAACAUGAAGAGAAAGUCCCUGUUCUACUUCGUAAACCUUCUACUGCCAAACAUCCUUAUUUGCCUCCUGGCUUUCUUCUCCUUCUUCAUCCCAGUGGAAUGUGGAGAGAGGAUAUCUUUCGUGAUCACUGUCUUGCUCAGUAUGACCGUGUUUAUGUUACUGGUAGCAGAUAGCAUCCCACCAACCUCGGAGGCGGUUCCACUCAUUGGGAUCUUCUACUCAGCGUCCAUGAUCGAGGUUUUCCUGGCACUCAUCGCCACUGGAAUAAGCUUGAAGAUUAACUACAGUUACUUAUUCGGUGAUGGUAUUUCGCCGAGGAUGAGGCAAUUACUGUUCAAGACGAUCGGGCCACUCUUAGGGUUUGACCCGAGAAAGGUUCUUGGGGACUCGUAUGUGAACAAGAUGCUUCAUCGUGAAGAGAAAAAGGCUCAGGCAUCGGAUAUCAUGAGACGAAUGUGGCCCUCCACUCGACACUUGGAUCCGCAAGAAGUCAUGAUGCUCCACAAGGUGACGAAUAACGGCAGACAGUCGGAAAGUAUCAUGGGGGAGCAUGUCAAUGAGCGAGUGUGCGAAGAAGACCAGGCUGUGGCCAACGCGCUGGGCAUGGACAUCCGCCAGAGGUGCUUCCAAGAAUCCUUCUCGCGACAGGUCCGACUCAUCGCUGAUGCUGUGCAAGAGCAGUCGGAAGGAGACAAGAAGGUCUUGGAAAGCAAGCUUGCUGCAAGCAUCGUGGACAGAUUCUUCCUUUGGCUUUUCAUACUCAUAUUUAUCACAUCCUCUUCACUUAUACUCGUCUAUCUUCCAGGAAGAAAUGUUCUUUGAAUGUUUCGAAUCACUAGGAAACGUAUCAUUUCACCCUUGUACUAGUAUGGGAUAAUAACAAAUAUCCAAAAAGAUUUUGGGGGACUUCAGCCGACUAAUUCGGCUUAAAAUGUUGCACUUUUUAGGAAGGGGGAAUUUAUAUAAUGGCUUUCCAUCAAGAGAUAUUUGGUAUAAAUUAAAAGAAGGAGAUGUGGUAUAAAACUGAAUAGGAAACUCACUACCAAAAAAUCAUAAUGGCAACAACUGUACACACGAUAUUUAUAGUGUUUCCCUAAUCCCUUAGGGGGCAUUGCAGAAUCCCGUACAUAUUGUACUAUGGAAAAUUUUCACAAUCUGUUUUGUGUAAAUUUGUCCACCUUUAAACUACAAAAUGAGUAAAUAAAAUAAACAUGCCAAAUGAUAAA